UUUGGGUUGUACUGAGCUACCCAUACGUCAAAAAAAAUCUUGCUCUAUGUGUUGUGCUGCAGACAUUUAUAUGUAUGGAUAUAACAAACGUAUACAUGUUAGUGUCGGCACUCAUAAGCACAAACGUGACUCUAUGAACAAGAUCAAGUGUAGCAUCUGUGGAAAACCAG